UCCUCAAUCGUAUCGAAACCACCAGGAAGUGAAGACAUCUUUGCUGCACUUUUUUUUUCCGCAUACAAGCAAAUUUCAAUUCCGACUACGAAAUGCCGGCCAAAGCAGUUUGCGUCCUGAGCGGCGAUGUCAAGGGCACCAUCUUCUUCCAGCAGAAUGGAGAUUCGGACGCCGUCAAGGUGACCGGUGAGGUGACUGGACUCAAGCCUGGCAAUCAUGGAUUCCACAUCCACGAGUUCGGUGACAACACCAACGGAUGCACCUCGGCCGGACCGCACUUCAACCCGCACGGCAAGGAACACGGAGGACCCACAGCCGCCGAAAGACACGCCGGAGACUUGGGCAACGUUGUGGCCGAUGACAGCGGAGUGGCCAAGGUCGACAUCUCCGACAGUCAGAUUUCCCUGUCCGGACCGCUGAGCAUCUUGGGACGUACCGUUGUUGUCCACGCCGAUCCGGACGACUUGGGCCUGGGUGGACACGAACUCAGCAAGUCCACUGGAAACGCCGGUGCCCGUCUGGCCUGCGGUGUUAUUGGGAUUUGCAAAGCAUAAACCUUCCAAACUGUGACGAUUGCAAAACAUUCGAGCGGGAUUCGAGUUGCAUCCCUGUACUAAUCCUUUUUCCCUGGGAAAUGGAACCUGUGUCCUUGAAAAAAUACGUCGUUUCGUUGGAUGGAAUCCCUUAGUUGUAUCCAUAUGUUCUAUGAACAAGUUUCUUACUGUUUUGUCUGGUCUAAAUAAAACCUAAAGUUCAUCACACACUCA